AGGUAGCAGCACUAUCUUUUCUCACGUGAUUGUCAAAGUAGAAAGAACCAAAUACAUUUUAUAAUUAAUUAUCAGUUUAUAAAUAAUAUUUAAAAAUAUGAAAAAGAAGGUAUUACUAAUGGGUAAAAGUGGGUCUGGAAAGACAAGCAUGAGAUCAAUCAUCUUUGCCAACUACAUUGCACGAGAUACUCGGCGUUUAGGAGCAACAAUUGAUGUAGAACAUUCUCAUGUUCGGUUUCUUGGGAACUUGGUAUUGAACUUGUGGGACUGCGGUGGGCAGGAAGCCUUUAUGGAGAACUACUUUGCUAGUCAAAGAGACAAUAUAUUUCGGAAUGUAGAAGUUUUAAUCUAUGUGUUUGACGUUGAAUCGCGAGAACUAGAAAGGGAUAUGCACUACUACCAGUCAUGCCUUGAGGCAAUUCUUCAAAACUCUUCGGAAGCAAAGAUUUUUUGCUUAGUACACAAAAUGGACUUGGUUCAGGAAGAUCAGCGAGAUCUGAUAUUCAAAGAACGAGAGGAAGAUUUGAAACGUCUCUCAAGGCCUUUAGAAUGUACCUGUUUCCGCACAUCAAUAUGGGAUGAAACUCUUUACAAGGCAUGGUCUUCCAUUGUCUACACACUUAUUCCUAAUGUCCAGCAGUUAGAAUCCAACCUUCAACAUUUUGCUGAAAUCAUUGAUGCUGAUGAGGUUCUCUUGUUUGAAAGGGCAACAUUUUUGGUUAUAUCUCACUGUCAGAGAAAACCACAUCGAGAUAUUCAUAGGUUUGAAAAAGUGUCUAAUAUCAUCAAACAGUUCAAGCUCAGCUGUAGUAAACUCGCUGCUCAAUUUCACAGCAUGGAGGUUCGAAACAAAAACUUUGCCUCAUUCAUUGACACCUUCACUCCCAAUACUUAUGUUAUGGUUGUCCUUUCAGACCCUACUAUUCCCUCUGCAGCAACUCUCAUAAACAUAAGAAAUGCCAGAAAACAUUUUGAAAAACUGGAAGGAGUUAAACAAGUCCAAAGUUCUGGAAAUUUGAAGUGAAAAAUAUAAGCCAAUAAGGAAGUAGUAGUUUAUAGGAUGUAAAUUUACUAAUAAAAGACUGCUAGUAGAUUUCA